CUGCACGCCAGACGUCGACUCGAAGCUGCCGGGUCACAACACUCGCAUCCAGACGAUCACGUGAACGCGCGGACACACAGGGUCGCGCGCACGAGCACAGAAAAGGGGGGGGGCAAGAAGAAGAACAGAAGGAGGAGGAGGUGGUGAAUAAUGUGACAGGAUGUGGUUUCCCUGAGCUGGCAGAACAUCCGCACGCAUCAAGCGGGGACUUGAAGAGUCUUGACGGCCGCUUCUGGAGUACUGCGUUCAGCCACAUAGGAGAGCUCGGAACCAAAACCGCCUUAACCUUCGUCCACGCGUGGGAUGCUUCGCUCCGCGUGACGCUGACUCUACUUUAAUCCACAGCGAGAGUGUCGGCGGUACACCGAGUGGCGUCAUGGGCUGCGGACUGCGUAAGAUGAAGCCUACGUCGGCCGAGAAGUCACCGGGCAAGAUUUACUCCACGCUCAAAAGACCUCAGGUGGAGACCAAAGUGGGCGUGGCCUACACCUACCGCUACCUGGAUUUCCUCAUCGGCAAGGACGGCGGGACGUCCACGUUGCGUCUGUCGUCGGUGCGAGAGCUGCCGGAACAGUUGCAGGAGCUUUACCAGCAAGGCUUCCUCCUGGCCGCCAUCCACCCGUUCAUCCACCCCUGCGGCCCGGAAUCCAACAGCCCGCAACACCAACUCUACCGAGCCAUCUUGGUUCAGAUCAACGAUGGGGUGGACAGGAGGCAGGCGGUGUGCCCGCCGUGCAGGCUGCAGUUGGAGCAGUGUGUGCCCGCAGAGCAGGUGCCAACCCCGGAGCUCAUCCAGGGCUACGUCAAAAAGCAGAUCCAGGACGCGGCUGAGCAGGGUGUCACAUUUGUGGGCUUCGUGCAAGAACCCUACGGGGCACCCUGCACCAUGAUCCGAGAACCAGACACCCCCUCGCUUUCCCUGCACUCCAGCCCCAGCUCUGUGCUGGGCUCCCUGGGGAGCUGCAGCCCCUCCGACCCCUCCAGUCCCACCCGCCACGGACAUCCAGAAAAGGAGACAAACGCGUGCGAGAACUCGGGGAAUCACUCGGGGGGACUCUCCGUGGCUUCGUCACCGAUAUCUGAGGAGUUGACGGAGGAGGCGGAGUCGCUGUGCCAGAACAACAGCGCACCAGAGACAAAGCAGCGGAGCAGAUACCAGCAGAGAACCUGUGGGGCUGAACUUCUGGCUUUGUUCAACCACCCGGCGGUGCGUGAGGGUGGCACGGUGAAGUACUACACGGUCAAGGUGCCGCUGCGAGUGCACGCCGGCAUCAACGGCGGCGGCGGCGGCGACGUCCGAGAGGUGGAAGCGAACUGGCUGGAUCACAUGACGCAGCACUUUAACAACGGAGCCUCGCUGGUCGACGGACACUUCUACCUCGGAGACGUUGACGAUUUGCUUCCCAAGUCGGUGGAGAGCGUCUUUGUGUUCCAGGAAGCCAGCCAAGGCGAGGCCAAUACUACCUACGACGCCAUCGUGGUGGAGCAGUGGACCGUCAUUGACGGUUUACAGGUGAAGGCUGACUAUGUCCCCCUGCUGCAGUCCUUGGCGAUGUACGGCUGGAGACUCACCUGUGUGCUGCCGACGCCCGUCAUCAAGACCAACAGUGAUGGCAGUCUGGCGACCAAGCAGAUUGUGUUUCUGCAGCGACCAGUCCUGAGCCGGAAGCAGAAGGAAUCCAAGAAACUGAUCUUCAAACCUCGUGGUAAGGCCAACAAAAAUGGCGUCAAAAACAAAGAGAAGAAGACAAACCCCAAAUCGGAAAAAGGCAUUCCCGAUCGUAAGGAAAAUGGCGAGAAACCAAAUGACGAAAAGAUUGAAGACCAGAACGCUGUCAAGGUUGAAACUGUUCAAACAAAGGAAGAAGCGGAAGUCGUAGAAGAGAUAGAAAAGGAAACCUUUGAACUUGACGAGGAGGGAUUGGCAGAGUCUCCGGAGAGGACAGACGUCCAAGAAGUCACAGAAACUGCGGCUGACAAAAAAGACGACCAGAUGGUGGACGAGCGAGAAGUUCAAGUUUCAGUGGAAAAUGGCCUAGAAACGGACGAAGAUAAAAAUGAAGACGAACCAGACCAGAACCAAUGCACGAUUGAAGAAUCAGUUGGCCUGGACCUCAAGGGUACGGUGGCAGAUUCACAGAGCCCAAAUGAAAUCCUCCAAGAGUAGCCGAGAAUUUGAAAAGCCCUACCUCGAAAACCUCAAGACAGGGUUCACACCAAACAUUAUUGGGACUUGGAGCACCAUCGACUUUGAAAUCUGCCAUCUUUCAUCUACCGACUGCUGUAUAACCACACCUUGUGAAUGUACCACGUAUCCUGAAGGAAGCAAAUGAAGAUGCUCGGACUAGACUUGGAUCGAGUCUAUUAGCUGGCCGUCGCCUUUUAAUGGCCAGACUGAUAUCUGCGGGAAAAGUUAUUUUUGGACUCUUGUUGAUCUAGGUGACAAACUUAAAGUCUAAAGACCACUGGCCAACCUCCGUCAUACUGCUGACUGCCUAAGGACAGAAAAGACUUGAUUCAUUCAACUCUACGGGAUCUGAAGUGCUGGGAGUGGGAUUCCUUUGCGACAGGCAAUCCAAAGUUAGCGACACAAUGUUGACGGCUACGCUCACCUCGCAUACAGAAUGUUCCGAACAAGCGGAUGUGAUAUUCACGGGACUAUAAUGUAGCUUUUAUCUAUCGUAUCGUAAACAACGUAUGCUAUGAAACUCGACUUCUGUAGCCGUGUCUCUUGCCAUACUGAGGAUUUGACGAAUAUAUUCCAUUAAAUUUCACUUGACAGCAGCCUUUGAUAAAAAAAAAAGCACUUUUCUGAAAUGUCCAUUCAUGCCAGGGAAUGAAUUGAGAAAAUGGUGCCUGCGGCGCGUAAAACGAAAUGAACUGACUCGUUUUAAAGUAAUAGCGGUUAGCAUGGCUCUUACCUGCGGCUAUUAAAGCGCUCCUCAGCGGGUGUUGUUUAGAACAGUGAGCGAGUCGUGAGAUGGCGUUGAUUGCCUAAAGGCCGGACGGCGGGUGGGUCGCUAAGGUGAGCGGCGACCGCAUCCGCUACACGAAUCGCCCGUUAGCUCGCUAAUGGUUUUUGUCAGUAGGGCAUCUGUCAGGAAUUGUGCAUUUCUUACAAAAGGAGACCGAGGGAUUGAUUUAGCCACGGCGGUAUCGACAAUAAUGUCGAGCCCGGGUAACUUAGCAAAUAGCUUUGAGAUUUCACGCAAUUCACACUUUGACGUGAACGGAAUGAUUUUUUCUGGUUUGAUUGUUUUGCUGUUUAAAUGUUACAAUUACACCCAACGAGACGCCGUGUUUUGUGCUGUCCAUGUGUUGUCUGGUGCUGUUUUGUGUAGAGCGGAAAACACACGAGACCAGCUUAGCCUUAAUUAGACAAAUUCUCAAUAAUUUUUUUUUUUUUUUUUUUAAAGCUGCCUUUUUAACGACUUUCCCAUGCACAAAAAUAUUUUGCUAGUGAGGCGCCUGCCUAUCCUACUGAGGCUUCAAGCUACCUCCCGAGGGUUUCUUGGUUUUCAGCUUGAUGUCUACGCCCUUCCCGAUGGCAAAAUGUGAGGUCAUACUUAAUGGCAGCCCAGGUUCAAGGGUCACAUUUGGCCGCCGGAUUGAUUUUUCCAGAGGAUAGAAGCACUCUUAAUUGUGUUCCAAGAUGUGAGGAACAUUCUCUCACUGGCUUUUGGCUGCUCCUGGGCUUUCAUUGAAUGUUUUAUUUCGUGCUUUACAAUGAUUUAUGCAAAUGGCAUGGCGCUUGGGCGCCACAGAGCUCAUGUAGUUUUUUUUUUUUUUUUUUUUAUACAGGUGUUACUUGGUUUACAUAUGGUUGGGAACAAAAAAAAAUCUGACAGUGACGAUAUCAAGGUUUUGCGAUACUGUAUUGUGACGAUAUUAUACGUUGCCCAUUGACCAUAAAAAUACACGAGUGCUAACAUGCUAACAUGUGACAGCGGAUGUUACAAACCGGACACCAUGUUUUUUUUUCAUUACGGUCAACAAUCCGUACGUCAUGCUGGUGAAUCGGCACCCGAUCGUGGCUGAUAACGAUUCGGUCCUUGGUGGUAUCGACGUUUUAUCACGUCGUAUCAAAAGUUGUCAAUUCUGCCUUGAGGAGUUUAUUUUCAUCGUUAGAAGGAAUUUAGAUUCACCGGUUUGCUUUUUCCUGGCUAUUUUAAACAUGGCAAUCAGCAACACCCUUGACCUGCCGUCCCCUCAGUGACAUCAUCAAGGUCACAUGAUAGCACUUUGUUUGUCUUAACAUUCCAUUCGGACAGGCAUCGACGGUCGUACCUUGACGAACAUUUUGUGGGUAGUUGUGUUUUAUUUGUUUGGUCAGGAAAGAGACAUUUAAAAUUUUCAACAUUCCAGCUGCCUGUUUUUGUGUGUAAAAACAAUGCCAGUGAUGGUGUCAAAGUAUUCUUUAUCUGUGUGCUGUCCCGUCCAUCGACGUUGUUAUUGUUAGCCGCCGCUACUGCAUCUGUACAAUUUGUACAUUAUAAAACUAUUUAUAUUUAAUGUC